AUAAUAAUAAUAGUACUUCAUAGAAAACAAAUGUUGUUAUUGUUUAAUGAAUAAUUUUAUUGGAUAUUCCAUUGGAUUUGAAUAGAAAUCGAAUAAUUCAUCUUAUUCUAUUCGUAGAACGAAAGACAUUUUGGUUCCAUCGGAAUUGGCCAAUAGGUAUACAGUAUGUAAUAAUCCUUGAAAUAGAACGAAAACAUAUGAAUGUUAUAAUCAUUUUCUUUACGACGAUAUUAUUAUCUUAUUAAUCUAUCUUAUUUUAAGCGAUAUAAUACAAAUUUGUAAUGACAUAUUAACUUAACAAAUGUUAUUCUUUACGAUAAACUAUUUUCACAUAUAUUUCUAAGAAAUGAUUUUAUUAAUAAAUUCUUUUCUAUGUACGUUCAAAGAUAAAGAAAAAAGCAAGAAAAAAUGAAAGUAUGAUUUCCGUUAAAAUAGUAGUAUAGAUAAUUCUCUUACAUUAUAAACAUAAAAUUCUAACAGAUAUUGUUGAAUUAUUUUUUUAAUUUAAAGCAACAAAAAGAAAUUCUAAGGUGGUAUACGUUUAUAUUGACAAACAUUCAAUUGAUUUGUUUGAAGAAAAGGGUUAUUUGAAAUAACAAUUGAGAGUUAAAAUUCAACGGUAUGUUCCUUCUCUCAAUCAAGAAGAUUUCUUAUCUACGAUUCAAUUGAAGUUUAGUGAAAACUCUUAAGUAAGUAACAUACAUACAUCAUCAUGGCGACAUUACCACCACGAAAAAAUCUCUCAAGGAAGAAGAUUUUCAAACAACAAAUGACUCCUUUGCAAACCCUUUUGCAACUUGGAUUUCCGAAAAAUCGAGCAGAAAAGGCAUUAGCUGCUACAGGACACCGUGGCAUUCAACUUGCAUCUGACUGGUUACUUGCUCAUGUCAAAGAUCCAACAUUAGAUUUUAUUGCACAUAGACAAUAUGUAUUGUAUGCUUGUCCUACUGGAGCAUUAGCUGAAAAUCUUUCUAAGUUUUGGGUUGAAAGUGAACAGUUAGGUUGGAAUGGAGCCCUUAACUAUAUGCCACAUAUUACACUUGUAUCUUUUUUCCAAGUAUCAGACGAACUAGAACCAGAAUUUGUAUAUUCUCUUAAUAAUAUCAUUGAUCGCAAUGAAUCUUACAACAGGGUUCAUUUUGAACCAUAUAUUUCACCCAAUUUUAUGGGACUUUUUGUUAAAGAUGAGGAUGCUAAAUGGCUUAACGAAAUUUCUGCCAAUUAUGUUGCUAAAUUAUCAACUUAUAAUAUCAUUGCCAAUCAUCAAGUUAAACCGUUACAUCUCACAUUGGCUUAUCAGUUUCCCAGCAACUUAUUUCAACCUCUUCGUACAAUGGUUGAAAAAUUGAAACCCGCUACAGUAGACAAUUGGGAAAUUAGAUUAUACUCUCGGGAUUCUAGAUUAGAAAAUUCUCGUGUACAUAAAGUUAUAUACGCGUACACUUCCAGAGAAGACGAUGACUUGGAAUUAAGAGUAGGAGAUUAUAUUUACAUAACAGAAGAAUCAUACAACUCUUCUACCGACGGAUGGGUUGAAGGUACUUCGUGGUUGACCGGAGCUACAGGAAAUUUUCCUUUAAAUCACACAAAACGAACAGCUGAAUCAGAUUCUUGGACAUUGCAUUGUACUGUGCAAAUUAAUAGUAAUGUAGAAGAAAUUGUGGAGGAAGAAGAAGAAGAAGAAGAAGAAGUAGAAGAACCUACAUCUUCUUCGUCAUCUAUAAUUCCAGCAAGACAACUCUUGAUAUGUCGUCAUGGAGAGAGAGUAGAUUUUACGUUUGGUGAAUGGAUUCCAUAUUGCUUUGAAGAUGGUUGUUACAUACGUAGAGAUCUAAAUAUGCCAAAGGUUAUACCAACAAGAAAUAUAAAUGAAUUUAAACACGACGGUCCUAUAACGUCAAUUGGAGAAUUACAAGCAAGAUUGAUGGGGGAUGCAAUAAAAUCAUCUAAAAUGCAAGUAGAUGCAGCUUUUACCUCGCCAUUUCUAAGAUGUAUUCAAACGCUUAAUAAUAUUUUAAAAGGUUUAGAAUUAGAUUUACCCAUAAAAAUUGAGCCAGGUUUAACAGAAUGGUUAGCAUGGUAUCCAGCUGGUGUACCUACCUGGAUGACUCCCGAAGAAUUAAUUAAUGCAGGUUAUAAUGUGGAUACAAAUUAUAAUCAUAUAAUUAAAAUGAAAGAUCUCACUAUAAAAGAAACUUCAACGCAGUAUUAUGAAAGAAGUUAUAAAUUAAUAAAACAUAUUAUUGAAAAUACGAAAGGUAACAUUCUAAUAGUAGGCCAUGCUAGUACUUUAUCAGCUUUAACUAAACAAUUGACCGGCGGUGAAAUACCACCACCGUCAGAAAUAACGAAAAUAGCUCAAAAAAUAUCAUACUUGGCAUGUGCAGUUACUAGCAAAGAAUCCAAUGGAUGGCAACUUCAGGCACCUCCUUUCCCUCCAAUCACGCAUAAUAGUAAUAAUAAAUUUGAUUGGAAAGUUUUAUUGUAAAAGAAUGAACUAGCAUUUAAUUUAACAUAAUAGGAUUGCGAUCAUAAAAGACUGUUAUGAUACAAUUAAUUUUUUAUAAAUAUAGUUUAUAUUGAAAUGAAUGAAUCGUAGCAAUCCUAUUUAAAAGUUUACAAUACGAGACGCAUAUUUCUAUUGUUUAGAGAUUAAGAAUGUUAAUAAAUAAUUAACAUAGAGUAUUGGCAGUUUAAACUGCACUUAUAGAAGAGAAAUAAUAAUUUUAAUACAUAGAAUACACAGACUUCGUUAAAAUGUACUUAUGUUGUACCUGCAUUUAAAUUUAUCGUAUAAGUCUUAUAUAUAUAUAUAAGAAUAAUUUAUUUUUUACUAGUUUUAAAUAUAAAUCACUGAACGAUUUAACAUGAAUUUUUCAAUGUAAAUAAUAAUGACAAAAAUCAAUAGUAAAUAACUUUACCAACUGUGUCCUGUUACUUAUAAUUUCAUUGUUGACAAUAUUAAUGUAAAUUAAUACAAUUGUUAUUUUAUAUCAGAAUCGUAGUGUUGUAUUUUACAAAGGUAGCUUUAAAUUUUCAAUCGUGUUAUAUUUUAUUAUUUUCUAAUUUUAUUAGUAAAAAAAUCAAAAACAACAUAACUAUGUUACUUAUUACUGUUAUAAAAAUUCAAAGUCUAUUUAUUGGACAAUUAUUCUAAUGUUUUUUUUUUUUUUUUUCAGAAAUUAUCACAUGUAUGCAGUGAAUGAUCAGCUAAUGAACAGUUUAGACUGUGAAAAUUGUUUUUUGAACAAAUGUUUGUUAAUUGA